AUGAAUAAAGAAAAAAGAGAACCAGAAUAUCCUACUGAACUUGAAUCGCAAUUUAUACUCAGGCUUCCCGAAGAGCCAGCAAAGUUACUUAGAGAGGUGCUCAAGUCGGGUGAAAAUCUCAAAAAUCGUUUGAAUAUUCAGAUAGAAAACGAUAUGAGGCAUGGUGAAGUGCGAUUUGAUCAUCGGUUGAUGCAUGCUAAGAUAGUUGAUUUACCCACUAUCAUUGAAUCGCUAAAGACAAUUGAUAACAAAAGUUUCUAUAAGACUGCAGAUAUUUGUCAAAUGAUGAUAUGUAAAGAUGAACCUGAUACUCCUUCUAUAGAAGAGGAGUCUCCUGCAAAAAAUAAGAAAAAAGACCCAUAUAAAGUGGAUAAAAAGUUUUUAUGGCCCCAUGGUAUUACUCCACCUACUAAAAAUGUGCGAAAGAGACGUUUCCGGAAAACUUUAAAGAAAAAGUGUGUGGAAGGUCCAGAAAUAGAAAAGGAAUUAAAGAGACUUCUUCGAGCUGAUAAUGAAGCUGUUAGUAUAUCAUGGGAAAUUGUGCAAGAGGAAGAUGACCAUCCUAAGCCUGAAGCUAGUUCAUCUUCACAUUCUAAACCUGAUCGCAAAUCCAAGGCUGAGCGAAGUUCUAAAAGAGAAUCUGUAACUUCUGAUGCUACCAAUCCAGAAUCUUCUAAUGUUGUUGAUAUAUUUGGAGGUGCUGUAAGUGAUAGUGACGAUGAUAACAUUAACGUUGAGAUGGAAGAUAGCCGCUUAUCACCAUGUGAUAGCCGUUUGUCUGAUACAAAUUCAAUGCAUGCUAUGGGAGACAUGCAUUCAAAGAGAGAUUUGCCAGUUCAGUUUGAGUCACAAAUGUUCCAAGGAGGUCAAAUCUCUAAGAGAUCUAGGAGCCAUAGUCGUGCUACUACUCCUGCAGUUUCUGUGGUAUCUAAAAGCGGAGGUCUGUCUUCUGAAGAUGAUGGUGAUUAUCAAUCACGAGAUAUGUCUAAGGAUAAUAUGCAAUUCAGAAUAGACCAAUUGCGAACAGAACUGGAAGAAUUAAAGCAACGCCGGCAAAGAACUCAACAUGAAAUUGCAGGAAUGGAGAAUUUGGCAUUAAGACAGAGAUUCCAAGAUAUAUUACACACUUUAAACCAGGAUAUAAUGUACAAAGAUAUGGAAUACCAAGGCUUACUAACUCUUCAGAACUCUGAAGAUAUUUAA